GCACCAAAAGGAGAUAAAAUAAACGUGAAAUAAUGGAAGAGGCCACAGCUGAUGAGUACAACAAAUACAUCAGCUUAGAUUUGGAGAAGAAAUUGCAACCAAUAAACCAAACAAUUGAUGAUUUAACACUGAGAUUGGAAGAGUUUGAGUGUAUGGUGUCUUUGGUGCAGGAGGAGAGAUGUAACGCCAUCGGAAUAACUGGUUCACUUGUGGAGGCUAUGGAUUACCAGAAGGAUCUCACUGAGCUUUGCGAACGUAUCAAUUCCUUAGAGAAAUUGAUUGAUUACAUUAAGAACACAGUGAACAGUCUGGAAACAAAAAUUGAAAAUGCUGAGGAACAUCUUGGAAUUGUCGAUGGGACAAAUCGAUUGAAAAGUUUCUUUCUACCACUGUUUAAAAAGAACCCUGAAAUUAAAACCAACGAGAGUCCAAUAGACAUUGACGAAUUUUCCACACAAAAGUAUUUCAAAGAUGAUACUGAAUCUUGAUACGUUUAGUAUUUAAGUUUAUUUACAACCAAAUAUUUAUUUAAGAAAUACAUUAAGUUUACUCACUUGUAUUUGGAAUGCAGUAUAAAUAAUUGUGAUUAAUUGUGAGAAUGUUUAUUUCUUUUUUCGAUCAACAAAAUUACAUCUUGAAAACAUCAUCAUGUUCAUUACAAGACAAGGAAAUUAAUAUGUAUUUUUACGUCCGUCACUCACUUGGUGAUCUUAUUCCCUAAACAAAUACCAUUGGCUGAUAAAACGCUUAAUGAGAGGUAUUCUCGCUCCCAACUUACAAAAAAAAAUACCUAAUUUACCUGAUGAAAACCUACA